ACCCCAAUCAAUAUUUCUAUCUCUUCUUUUUCAAUCACACAUUCAGACACUUUAACAAAACCUGUCCAUUUCUCUUCCUCUCUCUUCUCCUCUCCCAAAUCCUUGCUUCAUUUUCCAUACCUCUACUAUUUUUCUCUAUUAUUAUUUAUUUUAAUUAAUUUAUCGCAUUCAUAAAAAAAUAUUUCUUAUUAAUUAUUAGAAGUAUUUAUAAUAAUAAUAAUAAUAUAAUUAUAACUAAUUUUUUAUUUUUAGAAAAAAAAUGGAAGCAUACUAUCACACUCAUAAUCAUAAUAUUGGUAAAAUCAAUGAAAUCCAAAAAAAUAAUUCUAAUAAUUUUCAUACACUAAUUUUUAUGAACCCAAAUUUAGCUAAUCCUCAAAAUCACCAACAACCAUCACAAUCUCCACCUUGUUCAUCCCACAACAUCCUUCUCUUAAACUCGGCCGCCUCGGUCGCCGCCUCGCUUUCCCCUCACCACCACCAAUUAGUUACUCUCCCGAAUUCAUCGCCCCAAUCGAGUGAUGUUAUGUCGUACGGAUACCCAUCUCAGGAGGCGCGUGAGGUUCCACGCGCCACCCAGGGUUUAUCAUUGAGCUUAUUUUCUCAUAAUUCAGCUAUAAAUGGGUGUGGGUCCCACCAAGGUGGGGAGGGUUUAGAUUUGGGGUCUGAGUACUUGAAAGCUGCUCAAGAGUUGCUUGAUGAAGUUGUUCAUGUGGGUGAUGAUGGUGGGUUUAGCAAUAAGGGUGUCGUCGAGACGCCAUCGGAGGAGAGAGAAAAACUCUCCGAUGGCGGCGGUGGUGGUGCGGAGCUGAGUACGACCGAAAGGCAAGAGAUUCAGAUGAAGAAGGCUAAGCUUGUUACCAUGCUAGAUGAGGCAGAGCAAAGGUACAAGCAAUACAAUCAGCAAAUGAGAAUAGUAAUUGAGUCAUUUGAGCAAGCAGCUGGGAUUGGAUCAGCCAAGACAUAUACUGCACUAGCACUCAAGACGAUUUCUAAGCAGUUUAGGUGCCUAAAAGACGCGAUUCAAGAGCAAAUUCGAACAGCCAACAAGAGUUUAGGUGAUGAUCAAGAAGGGGGUUUGGGUUCAUUGCCUGGUGGGAAGAUUGAAGGGUCGAGAUUGAAGUUUAUCGAUCAUCAAAUUAGGCAGCAACGCGCGUUCCAGCAGCUAGGAAUGAUUCAAAAUCCUACUGCUUGGAGGCCUCAAAGAGGACUGCCUGAGCGAUCUGUUUCUGUUCUUCGUGCUUGGCUUUUUGAGCACUUUUUACACCCGUAUCCUAAGGACUCGGAUAAGAUUAUGCUUGCCAAACAAGCAGGACUUACUAGAAGCCAGGUAUCAAAUUGGUUCAUAAACGCCCGUGUUCGUUUAUGGAAGCCAAUGAUUGAAGAAAUGUACAAAGAAGAGCUUAAGGAACAAGAACAAAAGGAAGGAAUAUCAGAGGAAAAAGCACUAGGAAGCAGCAAGGAAAACAGCACCAAUGAGGAAAACAAUCAAGAGAAUAUCAACAAUGGUGAACAAAAAGAACAAAACAAUGGUGCUUCAACUACUUCAUUCAUUCCCAUUACGACGAAUUUGAUCACACCCUUUAAAGGGAAUGAUCCAAUGACUCAAACCCAUCAUGGGUUUAGCCUAAAUGUUCCCCAAAGAAACCCCAAAAGACAGAGGGAUGAUCAUGUUCUUGGGUAUGAAAAUGGGGGUACUAAUGGGGAAAUCUUGAUCAAAUUUGGGGAUGAGAAGCAAGAAAGUGAGAAUGAAGGUGGGUAUCCCAUAAUAUCUGGGGGAAUGAACUUUUUAGGGGGUGGGGAAUUGGGAUCAUACCCAAUUGGAGAUAUAGGAAGGUUUGAAACACAUGAUUUCUCUGCACCAACAAGGUUUUUCAAUGGGAAUGGGAUUUCCCUUUCCUUAGGACUCCCUCCGUCAUGUGAAACCCAUCCACAUGGUGGUGUGCUUGAUAAUCUUUCGACUACAAAUCACUCAUUUCUAUCGUCUACUCAGAAUAUUCAGUUCCGAAGAACUAAUGAAUUUGGUGGAAUGAAUAGCCCUCCUUCACACUCGUCUACAGGUGCAUUCGAGUGUCUUGAGAUGCAAAACCGUAAAGGGUUUGCGCCUCAGUUGCUACAAGACUUUGUGGCCUAAGUGAGUAUUACUGUAUCACGUUCAUAAAAGCUAUAAUCAGGGUCCGGAGAAUCGUGAUAAUAUAGUGUGUAUAGGAGUAAUACCUACCAAAAUUAGAAGUUAGAAAUACUGCUAAAUUCAACUUGUUGAAAUGUUGAGAAUAGUAUAAAGGUAUUGGGAAUGUAUAUUAAUUUUGUAGCAUAUUGAUGUUAUAUUGUAGUAUAUGGAUAGUAAAUAGAAUGGAAUGUUAUCAUAUUACAUUUGAAUAAGACAACUCUGAAUGGCUUUGUUCUUAUUUUGCAAGAAUGGUGAUUUUUUU